AUGUGUUUGCGCCCACUGCUAGCAUUGUUGUUUGCGGCGGCGGCGGCGGUGACGGCUCGAACCGCCAACAUCUCGUCGCUCAUCGAAUCGCUCGGACCCAACCAAUUGUGCUCCGUUUAUGAUCCGUUCAAAGUGCUCCCCGAGAAUAACAAGUUCCAAAUCGGCGGCAGUUUUCCACUUCAUCUCGAUGAUUGCACCACACUUCGACCCGACACCGUUCAGGAGAUCGUCGCGAUUCAAUGGGCGCUGACGCAUUGGAAUCAGAACGAGCAGCACGCUGAAUGCAAACUCGGCUUGUACGCCGGCGACACGUGCUCGCGAUCCGCCGAAUCGCUAUCGCAAUCGCUUCGAUUCCUCGAUUCGGUCGGCUAUCACGAGCCGAAAGAGUGCCGAACGGAGACGCCCGGCACGAAACUCCUCGGCCUCAUCGCGCCGAAAGACUAUGACUCAUCGAUGUCGCUUGGAAAAUUCCUAUCAGUCUCGUCGAUUCCGGUGGCCGCCUAUUCGUCAGCAUCGAUCAACGCGCUCACCGAACUCGAUGUCGCCAACACCAUCGCCACCGCGCCCACCAUUGGCGUCUACGUCGACGCCCUCAUAAGGCUGAUGGGACAGAUGAAAUCGAACCUGGUAACGAUUGUCGACGAUGGAUCGCAAUCCCCAAUGACGAAGGGAGUGAGCGCCCAUCUUCGAGACUUUGACAUCUUCGUUUCCGAGAUCAUCCCAGUCGAUCAUCCAUUCCUUUCUCAAGCCCUUGAAGACAGCGACUCGUCGAUUGUGGUGAGCCUGCUGGAGAAGCAAAAGUUGCAGAAGAUCAUCAAGCAGCCUUCGAUCUACACGAUGACCAAAAUGUGGAUCUCGCUUCCGAUCACCGGCGAAGCGUUUGAUGAGAUGGAGCAGACUGAGAUACUGCACCCUGAAGCCAAGUUGGAGGUAAUCUCCCUUCAACCGAUUCACAAGAAGCUACCGCAAUUCCGUGAUUACUUCGUGAGAGUGCUCAAGAACAACUAUCGCAACUAUCAGCUUCUCACCUCCUACGUUCAGCAGGUCUACAAUUGCACCAACGAGGAUUGCGAUCUCGACAAAUCGGCAAUGAUCAAAUCCUACGUGCAAUCGCGAACCACCGAAGCGUCGAUUCGAAUGACGUACGCGUUCGCCGGUGUCGCGAAAGAGAUCGCCAAAGAUUCGGCGUAUGAGAAGAUAUGCUCGCACGCGAGCGCCGAGUGCACCGAGUUGAUCAUGAACAUCCUUGUCAACAUGGAUUACGAGUUCACGAAGCAUGAUCCGCCAGAGUUCGCCGGCGAACGAUUGCAGUUCUACAAGGGCAACGAUCGAAUGCUUCUGGCGUCCGGCAUGAAUGUGGAAGCGGUUCAGAUCUAUGCCGAAGACGCCAAGAUCAUUACCACUCGUCUUCUCUCCUAUACCACCGGCUCGCCGCCGACAGUGAUUCUGUCCUCUCUAAGAUCCGCCGAUCAGCGACUGCGAUCGAUUUGCGCACCGUAUCGGCCAUUCUGCGGACAAUGCCCGAAUCUUCAAAUGGUGAACUCCGAGUCGCACUUCCUCUCGAUCCCACGACACUAUCCGCUCUAUCUUGUUGGGCUCUUCGAUCUCCACGGCGGCGCCACGUGUCAAUCGAUGAGCCAAACCGACAUCUCGUUGCCGAUGGCGUUUGUGCACACCGUGUGGACAUUCAAGCAGCGCUUCCCGCAACUCGGCCUUCUCAAAGAUCUCGAUUUUGGCGCGUUGCUCAUCGACAGCUGCUCGUCGGGACGACAAGCCAUCGAGUCGGUCGUUCGCGCCGAGACCCAAUGCUUCCGAUUCAAUCAAGCCGGAAGGAACAUCACCAUCGUUCCGAAAUCGGUGUUCGGCUACGCUAGCGCCCUUCACGGCGACUCGCAAGAAGCGCUGAAGGGCUACUUCUCGUCGGGCGACACCGACGCCGCGCUGGUUUCCGUCGACGCCGAACACUCGGCGCUUCAGCACUCGUUCACCGCACUGCCGAGUGCGAGAAGUCAAGCGUUGGCGCUUCUCAAACUUCUGAAUCGAAUGCAAUGGCAGUUUGUGACGGCGGCGAUCAGCGAGCAAGAUCCCGAGUCGUUGGCGUUGUUCCGAAGUUUCGAGCGAAUCGCGCUUGAUCGUGGCGUAUGCCUCGCCGAGGUCAUCAAUAUCGGUGGCUCGCGUGUCGAGAAUCUCCAAAUGACGCCGACGACGAAUGUGACGGUGGUGUUCGGAACGGCGCGAGACGCCGCCCAGUUUCUCGUCAAACCGAAACCCAAUCACAUUCACAUUAUGAUGGGCGACGCUCAUGAUUGGUACCUUCACGCGCAAGGCAACAUGGAGCAGUUUCCCGGAACCGUGUCGGUUCAGCCGCGCAACAUUCUCUACGCCGAUUUCCGCGAAUGGCUCGAGACGACGACACCGCUGACGCUUCCCGAACUCUGGUAUUGGUCGUACAUCGAAGAUCGAUAUGGCUGCGCGCUAAGCCAGAAGAGUAAGCUGAUCUAUGACCGAAUGUGCACCGGCGACGAGCUUCUCAGCAUUGAGUCGCUUGGACGAAUGACGAAAGCCGGAUAUCUGUCGCGUGGUGUCGAGAGAUUCCUCUUCGCGAUGGAUUCAGUCUACAAGAAUCUCUGUCCCGCUCAAAGCGGUCUUUGUUUGGAAUUCUACGAGCAGGGUCGCAAGCAGAUUCUGAAUCAGCUUAAGAAGACCAACGUUGAAGACGACGUCGAGGUGUACGAGUUCCUACCAGAUGUCAACGGCAAGUUCACCUAUCAUCUCAUCGCCAAUUGGACAAUGGCCAGCGGUCUUCGGAUGACGAAUCAAUACCGAAGUCCGAAUGGAAUCGACAUCGAGUCGAAGUGUCAGCCGCCGAUGUGCAAGUGCUUCCUUGACGGCGACUUCUUCCAGCGUCCACUCGACUCGUUCGUGUUUGUUGGCGAUGAGCAAGAGUCGUACAUCAAGAAGCAGCCGGCGUACGGAUCCGAGAAGGUCCAAUACCAAUCGGUGUUCGAGCACAUCACCAUCGGGCAUUGGCGAGAGCAUCCGCACAAUUAUGUGCUCCUCGCGCUCAUCACAAUUCUUGUGUUCAUCUCAUUCGCGGUGCUCGUGCUCGUCUUGGUCAAACUCUAUCUGCGCGUCGUCAAAGGCAACCAAUCGUUGGGAAUCUCGCUGCUCAUCGGCAUCAUUCUCCUCUACAUCACUGCCUACUUUUUCGUGUUCGAUCCAACCGACACGGUGUGCCGAUUGCGGGUGAUCAUGCACGGUUUGGGCUACUCGAUAUGCUUCGGCGUCAUGAUCGCCAAAGCGACUCAGCUGCGAAACGCGGAGACGCUCGGAUUCGGCACGUCGGUGCACAUCUCAUUCUGGAACUAUUGGCAACUAUUGUUCUUCAUUGUCGGUGUUCAAAUCGCUCUAUCGAAUAGAUGGCUCAUGGAGCCGUUCAUGUCGACAAUCGGUGUCGUUGAUACCACCUAUCAACGAAUGAUGUGCACACUCGGAAAGGUUGAAUUCGUGCUCUCCAACAGCUACGUGAUGAUUCUGAUUUUGAUGACGUUGUUCCUGAGCCUCCUCAAUCGCAACAUCAAACGCAACUACAAGGAGACGAAAUGGUUGCUCUACUCGACGGUCGCGUGCUUCAUCGUGUGGAUCGUGUGGACGACGGUGUAUUUGAGUAUGGGCCAUGAGUACCGCGAGACGGUCAUCGUCGUCGAGCUCAUCACGUGCGCGACAAUUAUGCUCGCGUUUCUGUUCGGCCCCAAAAUCUACAUUCUUCUCUCGUACGAGCCGGUGGUGGUGGCGCUGAAUCGCGAGCCGUUUCCCAACGAUCUUUUCGAGAAGGACGACGAUGUGCCGCGCGCGGUGUCGCCGGCCUCGUCGACGUCGUCAUCAUCGAAUCGCUCGUCGUCGGGAUCGUCGUACACGUCGAGAAAGCCGGUCAACGCCGUCGGACCGCUGCCAUUGUCGAAGAGCAACAUUGAGGAUAACACCCCAAUAUUUCAUACAGUGAUGCGCAAGAAGAACAAGGUGCGUCGAUCGCAAAGUGAACACGAAACGAUGCAUUCCGGCUACCCAAUGACAUCGGUGCCAAUCAUCCGAAGUCCAUCGUCGCGCGACGAGAAGGUGCACCAUGUGGCGAUAUCGCCUCCGAUCCGCGACUAG